CUGAGGUCCGUGCUUUUGUGCGUGUGUCAGUACUGAACGACGUGAGAGAACAGUGCACUUGGGAUGGUGCAAGAGACCAGGCUCAUCUUUUAACGGGGGCAAAUAAGGGAAAGUAAGAUUGAAGAACAUCUCCCUCUCAAGUGCUUUUUAUUUAAGACUCUUUCAAAGUGUCCUGAGUGCACUAUACAAGUUUCUCCAGGGAAGCGAGAGCCUUGCAAGAUAGCACUGUGAUUGCCACUGACCAGCCAACAUCCCUGACUGCGCGUGGCCUAGCCAUCCAGAAUGAAGUGGAACUUGUUUAAGAAGAAGCCGGAGGCCAUUGUGGGGCCGGAGCCCACUGGCACCAGCACCAUGACGAUGACCCCUGCCCCUGUCGUCUCCACGGUGGCCGACAACUCCACCGAGUCCGAAGGGCCCAUGAACAAGAAUGACGUCUUCGAGGAGAUCAAGAACAAGUUUCUGAAUGAGAUCGACAAGAUCCCAUUGCCACCCUGGGCCCUCAUCGCCAUCGCCGUGGUAGCCGGCCUCCUCAUCCUCACCUGCUGCUUCUGCAUCAUCAAAAAGUGCUGCUGUAAGAAGAGCAAGAAGAAAAAGGGCAAGAAAGGGAAGGGUGAAAUGGGGAUGAAGAACAUGAAGGGAGGAGAGAAACAACAGGAUGACGAUGAUGACGAUGAUGCAGAGACAGGGCUGACUGGAGAUGAGAAGGAGGAAGAGGAGAAAGAGGAAGAAAAGCUCGGAAAGCUGCAGUACUCCCUGGAUUAUGAUUUCCAGGACAACAAGCUCACAGUGGGCAUCCUGCAGGCAGCUGAUCUUAUUUCCAUGGACGCAGGCGGCACCUCCGACCCCUACGUGAAAGUCUUCAUCAUGCCCGACAAGAAGAAAAAGUUUGACACCAAAGUGCACAAGAAAACUCUCAACCCUGUCUUCAACGAGUCCUUCGUUUUCAAGAUUCCUUACCAGGAGCUUGGCGGGAAGACCCUUGUGAUGUCAGUUUAUGACUUUGACCGCUUCUCCAAACACGACAUCAUCGGGGAGGUCAAGCUGGCUAUGAACCAGAUUGACCUGGGUCAGCCCAUCGAAGAGUGGAGAGAUCUGGAGAGCGCAGAAAAAGAAGAGCCAGAGAAGCUUGGAGAUAUCUGCAUCUCCCUCCGCUAUGUCCCCACAGCUGGGAAACUCACCAUCUGCAUUCUGGAAGCGAAGAACCUGAAGAAGAUGGACGUGGGUGGGCUGUCAGAUCCCUAUGUGAAGAUCCACCUCCUGCAGAACGGUAAGAGGCUGAAGAAGAAGAAGACCACAGUGAAGAAGAACACUCUGAACCCUUACUACAACGAAUCCUUCAGCUUUGAGAUUCCUUUGGAGCAGAUGCAGAAAAUCCAAGCUGUGGUCACAGUGCUGGACUAUGAUAAGAUUGGCAAGAACGAUGCCAUCGGCAAGAUUUUUGUGGGCAGCAAGGCGUCGGGCACAGAGCUGAGGCACUGGUCCGACAUGCUGGCUAACCCACGGCGCCCCAUCGCGCAGUGGCACCCGCUCAAGCCCGAGGAGGAGGUAGACGCCACUCUGGCGGCCCUGGCUGGGAAGAAGUAACCCCGCCCACCUCACACCCUCCCACCCAACUAACCUACUAAUCAACUAACUCCAUAUCCAACACUGCAUGACAUUCAUGGGUUAUCAACUCUACAAAUACGGUCAAACAAAUGCUGAAAAAAAACAACCACAAAAAAAAGUUUAAAAAAAGAAAGUUAAGCGACUAACAACAGAAACCUUUUUAUAUAGACUUCAGCAAUUUCCAUACACAGAAAGAGUGUACAGUGAAUAGGAAAAGUAUUUAUACUGGAUAACUUGUAAUGUACCUUUAAAAAGGCAUGUUGCUUCAGAGGUAGUGAAAUGCACUAUUGCUCAUUUGCAACUGAGGGGGGAGUUUUAGGCACUAAAUUAGGGACCCAGUUGCAAAUGAUAGCUGGGGAAAAAAACAAGCAUUUAUUUGGUAUAGCGGUACGUGUAUGUAUGGCAUCUUCACCAAUCUGCUCCCUGUCCUUCAUCGACUGUUUGCUAAGCGGCUGUCUGGGGCCCAAUCUUCAGGCACAGCGUACUGGUGGGUGCACUCAUACGGUGCCUGGCGUACCCCAGAAAGCAGCUGUCACUCAGGCCUGACUCAUGUCUGCAGUCCUUUCCUGGGGCGAAUAGGGAGGUGACACAGGGGACAGAAACACAAGGGGAUUGACCAUGUCAUCAAAAUCAAAGCUUAAAUGUAUCUUUUUUAUUCUCCCCAGCCACAUUCGUAGUUACAAUGUUUGUGAAAUAUUCAGGAACGCAAACAGUCCGUAUGAUUUGGGGAAAGGGGUAGCAGUGAGAUACAAUGACUGGCCACUCAGUGUGCACCUGACCUGAAAUACAAAUCGUGUAUAACUUCUAACAUUAGUACCUUUCACUUUCUUAACUCAAUUUAAAGCAAGAAAAUAAAACUGCAUAUUUGUUGAGCCGCAGCAUAUCUACCACUGCCAGCUCAACUGAACGAUGCCCUUAGUAUCGAUCUGAUGUACUGUAGGGGUUGCUUUUGAGAUGAGGAGGGUUUUUCAGGAUUUUGAGAAUUUAAUGGGGAACUGUGUCUUCCACUUGUGUAAUCUCCAUAUAAUCUUAUGGACACUGCAAACAUGAAGCUUGACAGGCAUCUAGAGUAUUGUACUGCCCACAGUCUACCGCCUCCCAUAUUAGCACCUGCGGUGUCAACUUCUGAUCCAUUGCUAUACUCCUUUACUCACAGGCUCACAAAGGCAUCCCUCUUUCAAAACCAAGAGAACAAAUUCUUUAGCAAAGUCACGAGAUAUAUAUGACUUUAGAUAAAAAAUAUUUAACAUCAAAGAAAGAUAACAAUUGUUUUCACAUCAAGAGGAUCUCACCCUAAAGCACUUUACAGUUAAAUACUUUUGUUUUAGCACAAAUAUCCUAAGCUUUAUUUUUGUUCUGCCGUUCAACCGUAGCCUGAACAAAACUGAGGAAUAGGUCAUUUGAAAUGUAUAUUACUACAAUGGUUUAUAAUGUUUAAACAUAUUUUAAUCCAUAUUUUUACUGUUGUUGAUUCAGCUAUGUUAAAUUACCUCAUGGUGCAGGUUAUGCCUUAACAUACAGUAUAUACAUAUGUUUUAAUUUUUUCCUCCAUGUUUUAUGUUAGUAUUUGUUAUUGGAUUGGACAGAGAUUAUGAGAAAGAAGGUACAGUUAUAUGUGUGUUUGAAAUGUGUACAAAACUGCUGAACUGAAUUGCACUAUAGGGUAGUGUUGCAAUUAUUUUCAUUAUAUGUGUGGUCUUAUGCUGAAUCAUCUUGAAUCUGCAGUGUGUUAUACUCAUAGCAGUCUGGCCAAAGAUUGCUCAUUUAUAUUGAAUGUGCAUGGAAAGGACGAGAGUGUAAUACAUAUGAAUUUGCCUUUAAAACAUGCUUUUUAAAUGCCUUUCUGCAAACCCUAUAUUCAAUUCACCUUACAUUUUUCCACGGUGUUGGUUUUCUGGAAAGAAUGCAUUACAAUAUGCUGUUCAAUUCCAUGGAACAGGUUGGAUCUGUGCUUUUAUAUAAAUACUGGCACUAGCCAAGGUCAAUGGUGGCAAUUGUACUGAUAAUAUACGUAUACAAGCAUGGCAUGUGACUGGGAAGUAGUCAUUUCCUCAACUGAAACCCUCAGGUUGCUCAAGACAUGCAGUCCCCCUAUGCGUAGAGAAAGCACCAGCGCUAAUCGGACAUUGUUUCACUCACCUUUUCUAUCACACUGGCUUGAAAGAAUGGGUUGGUCCUGAGCAAUGUUGUUCACCUCUGUCUGAUAUGGUUUUAGGUUCAUACAAUAUGCUGGAAAAACAUAUGCAAAUGCCAGAUCUGAUCAGAGCCCUAAUGUUUAAUUCAUCUGCUUUCAGGAAGUCAUUCAUUGAAUAAAUCUAUUUUUAUUAAUAAAAGACAUUUUAAAAAGAGUAAAAAAAUACUGAACAAAUGAUCGUUUAUUGUGUCAACCACACUCAAAUUAUAUCAACACGGUUGAUGUAACUGACAUACAUGUGAUGGCACUGGUUUUAGCCUGAUAUACUGGAAUUUCUUUGCUGUUUUCUGUGCAUUAAAAUCCCUUGAAAAUGAGAAAGCUGGUGAGCAAACAUGGGGGGCUGCAUUUUUAGAGCAUUCAUAAAGACCUCUUCCCAUAUAAACAUGGACGGCUAGAAGUAUGGAUUGCAAACAAAAACUCUUUGGAUACUUGGUUUCGAGCAUAGAUUUCAGCUGACAACCUGAACUGAUCCUCCAUUCAUUUUAAACAUCGUUAUAUAAUAUUAUCUGAAGUUAAGCAUUAACAUUCCCUCCAAUAUUGUUGAACAAUUCAAAUUACUGUACAUACUGUAAUGAUGAGGCUAAAUUAGAUGCAAUUUGUCUGGACAGUGUGAUUUGAUUAAGCCAGCUGAAAUAUUAUUGAAAAUGUUAUUUCAGCCAUGAUUUCAGCAUAAUGAUUGACAUAUGUUUGGACACAUGGCCCGUCGAUUGUAAAAGCCUAGCCCCAUAUGUUCAAUAACGGUUGUUAAAUAUGAAUAAUUGCUGUGGAAAAAUAAUACAUCAAAGCCAGCAAGACUAAACAUAUUUCAAUGUAAUUUCUCCACUAUUGAUCCAGAAACAUAAAUAGGAAAAUAAAACAUGCAAGCAAUCAAAAAUCCAUUGGUGUGUAGUUUUGCCUAUAUAUACAAAGAUCAUAUUUGUUAAUAUUGCAUGUUUCUAUACAAUAUUGUAAAUAGCAGCAUGUUUUGAAGACAAAGCAAAGAUAUAUUGUGUAAGUGUGUGUCAUUUGUCAUUUUAAUAAAAUGAAUAAAAAAGAUGCACUGACUGUAUAUUUUCUAAAUGAAAUAAAUCUGUAUUUUCUGAGAAUGGGUAUGGGAAAGAAUGUACAAAAAUAAUAAUAUAAUUAGUCAUAUUCAGACUCUAUCCAUGCCUGAACUACAUGUGAACAAGUUUAGUGCUGUGUGUGAAUUAAUGUAGGAUGAUAAUGUUGCCGCAUGCUUGCUAUAGUUUUGUGAAUUUUCAUUGUAUUUAUUUUAUAUUUUGGUUUAUUUAAUACUUAUUUAUUUUUUCCUUUUCCAAUAAACAUCAGUAAACAUGCCAGUUGUCUUGUACAUUGGGGGCUCCAAGGUGAAAUGAAAAGAACUUAUAUUAUUCAUACAUGCAAUAUGACAGUGUUACCAUCAGCUUUUAAAAUAAUGAUUGAAAUGUUAUGAAGACUUAUUAUUAUGACUUAUUAUGUCAGAAUAACAUGCUUAAUAUGUAUAUUUGAGAAUUGAGGAGAUUGCAUUACAAUGUGCUGUUUAAUUCCAGGGAACAGCUUGGAUAUGUGCUUUUACAGUAUGUUAUUACUGGCACUAGCCAAGGCCAAAUGUGGCAAUUGUAUUGACAAUACAUUUAUUUAUUUAUGUCAUAAUUCAAAUUACAGGUUUCAUCCAUUUUUGCAACUGUAGAACUGCUUCAAAAGCAAUUAAAGAUUGCUAAACAUUUUUAUGGCCAAACCAAAAACGGUUGAAUUGAGCCACUCUUUUAGACUUUUAGACUCUUAUAGACUUUUUAGGAAUUUGUUUUUAUGUACUUACUUUUUUACUGUUUGAUUUCAUCGUCACCCUAAAUGACUACUGUCCUGAUAUUUAGUCUUGGUAAACAAGCUUAGAACAGUAUUAAGGGGGAAAUUAAGAGAACAUGACCACUGCUUCCUCAAGGCUUGGAGUCCCCUUUGUCUACUGUAUUCUAAACCUGUAUUCUGUGCCUGCUUAACAAUGUUGUCUAUAAUGUUACAGGCUUUGGUUUACAGAAUUUGACAAAACAACAUGUGUGUAUGUGUGUUUACAGAUUGUUGAACAAAGUAAAAUAAAGCCAUAAGACUUGAGCACUAAAAACAUAGAGCUCAGCUGUGUAGAAUAUUUACUUACAAAGAACAUGUCUCUGUGAGCUCAACCCUGUGAAUAGCUUUAGCAUAUCAAGAGCUAUUUUUGGUCCUGCAUCAUUUCAACUGGUGUACAGUCACUUACCCUGUUGCAGCAAAAGCCAUUUUGUUUUUGAUAUUUUAAGUAAGUCUUUUGUUUUUGUUUCACUGAUAUUUGUUCACUUUUUGAAUUUUGUAUUUUGGAAAUGUUAUGAAAUCUGUAGAAAAUAACAUGAGGAUGCUAAUCGCACUCAGAUUAAUGCCAAUACUGUAUGUGUGUGGGGGCCUAUUUCAUGUCCAAUUGAUGUUUUAUUAGUAUGUGCUUUAUGCUUUACUGUAGCAUUUUAAUGAAUAGUAUUGUACCUCUAUUAUAAUCCCUGUUGAUUAUGCAUAGUGUUGAUGCGCAUCUGUUUGUAUUUUUGGUUUUCAUUGCUUUAUUCAUUACUUAGAAAUUGAAUUUUGUUUCCAAUAUUUCCAAUGUCCCUCCUUGUUUUUCCUGUGCUGAAUGUGUGGGCAGGGCUGCGUGGUGGGGGGUUGUACUUUCUUGCAUCAUCCUGGUAUGGAUUAAAUUGGUUUAUUCUGAUUGCCUAUUGGAAGACUUGUACCAGCAUCUAGCAUAUGAACUGAGUUGCUACUAAAUGUCGCAUCUGGCUGUGUACUUCACAGUGGCAAAUGUGUGGUGUCCUGAUGAAAGCAUUUACUGUAGCUGAAACAUUUGCUCUCUAGUUCCUUUUUUCGGUUGUUUAUAGGUAUUUCUUUUCCAACACCUUUAAGUUGGGCACUGAUGUAAUAAAUUAGACAAAUCUUUGGAACUAGUAUGCUUGUCCUACCCUUUUUUGAUUUGCAGUGUGCAUAAUAAUUUCUUUGUAUUUGGGAAUAUAACAUUUUUGUCACUUCUGAAUUCUGCUAGUGUUUUAUGCACUUGUCAUGGGAUGAACCAACAAACCAUCGUUCUGUUUGUUUCUUUAAAUUUUUAAUGCUGAGAAACAUCAGUAAAUUCACAUUGGAGAACAGAAUUAUCAUGUAACCACAAACCACUGAACUGCAUAGAGCUAUAUGUAUGAAACUGGGCUGAGUAAAGCUGUUUGCAUUGUCUUCCUGGUUCGCUUUUAUUAUGAAAACUGAUAAUUAUAACAACUAAACAGCAUUUACUGUCAGGAUAAAGUCCAAUAAUGUGCAAUUAAUGAAAGGGCCAAUUGAUGGUGUACCCAGAUAGCUUCUCCACAGUAACACUAAAAGAUAAUUAGUUUGUAUGAGUGUGUAAUAAGAGCAGAGUUGAUGUUAGUUUAUGCCAAAGUUUUAUGUUGACAUAUCUUCCACAGUGAUUUUGUUAAGAAACAAAUCCUGUGUAUACACAUUCAUACUCUAUGGAUGAGCAUUCUGAAUACGCUUGAAAGAGCUGAAUAUUUCAAUAAUUCAUAAACCAUCCAAAUACUAAUGAAAGGGUGGCUGGGGACAAUUGUACAUUGGUGCACGUGCCCUUUAAGAAAUAAUGAAUGGUGUGUGAAACCUAGAAGGCCUGCGGUUAUCCAUUUCAGCACACUGAAGUAGCCAUUCAUCUCUGUCCAUUCCUGUGAUGGGGGAGUUUCUCUUUCCUUCCUUUAACUGAUGACCUAAAAUAAGAGGUAAAUAUGUGCUGGGAAAGACAUGCAGAGUUCUACUCAUGUACAGCUGUCUUAGUUUGGUCAUUUAAACUUGUUUAAGUCCUUAGGGAAAAAUAGGAAUUGUUGAGUCCAAGAUUGCAGCUUUGUGCUGUAGAACACUUUUUCUUUCAGACGCUCGAGUCUUAAAAAACAUUUAUUGCAUCUUCAUAAAUUCUGUCAACUGUCAUAGCUUUAUUAAAAAACUGAUAUUAUGCUAAUUACAUAUCGUAGAUUGCAUAUUAUGUAUGAUGCAAGUUUAUUAGUUUGUCAACAUUUCUUUUGCAUUUUGUAUAGGUUUAUGACUGUAACAUCCACUGAAUGUAAAAUGCUAUUGUAUUAUCAUUUGUUUUUUAUGAGAAAACAUAAGGGUUUUUGGGAUUUAAAAAGGGAAAUUACCAAUACCUUUCCAGCCCUGAUUUUGGCAACACUAUUUGUUUCCAAACCAGUGGGGUGUGAUCAGACCUCACUGUCAGUGAAUCAUUCUCCACUUCCUAUUUUGGCUUUGCUCUGUGUCCACUGAGACCACACUGCAAGCGAUUUUCCUCAAUACCUGGGAGUUCACACUGCUUCAGGACCAAUGGCAAAGGGGGCGCUGUUCUCACAAGCAAAUGAAAAGAUGACAGUUAGGUUUUGUUACACACUGCGUGGGAAGCCAGCUCACCUUGUACUCCAUGGCCAGUGGGUUCCAGUUGCAGCGAUCCAUUCCGGAGAGCCAGUCAAUACCGCCACACCACCAAAGCCGCUAGCCCGUAACCACAGUUACGCCACUGCUCUCCAAUGGCCCUCCUUCCAUCUUCCUCUUGCCACAGUAAAAUAAUAUCCCAAGGACUUUCCCCCAGUUCUCUCUUUUCAGAAAAAGAUCCCUGUUCUUUGGUCUCCCUGGGGUUCUCCUAGUCUCAGCGUUGUUGUGCGUGUGUUCCUGUCAGUAAUAGUACCUAAUGUGGAUCGCAUGCUUCAUUUUGCAAACGAGAGCUGCUCCCAACUCCUACCACUCUGGCAUUAACGGACAUCUGCGCAUUUGCAAUCAAGUCUUCAGAGGAACCAAACCGUAAAUAUCUCAAUACAAAUUUAUCAUGUGUGUUUCCAUCUCUGUACUAAAUCAAUAGGAAAUAAACAAGCCUUUUAAUUA